UAGGCUCACUCAGUUAGCCGCGGCUCGCCACGCCGGUCGCCGGGCGCUUGCUUGAACUCUGUGUAAACGUGACCUGUGACCAAACAGUGCUUGUGUGUGUUAAAAUACGGAAAACUAACGCAUGUCAGACGUUGGAUGGUGAUUUGUUAAUAAUCGGUACAGAACCAGUAGUGAUUGAUAUGUGCUAGUGCUGUGACGUGUUGAAGUUUUAGUUUAUGAUGUGAACAGUUGUCAGUGACUGACUAUGCCGUCUGACAGUGGCUCCACUUGGUCGCCGCCGGCCUCCAACAGCGAGAGGAGAUUGAGUAACUCUUCAGAUGGCAGCGCCGGCAGUGGAUAUUCUAAAGCUACAACAGACAGCGCUGACUUCCUCACAACACGGCCGCACACAGCAGCGGUGUUGCCGGGGAAGCCGGCGACGAACCCGCUGCAGUUCGUGCGGGUUGCGCCCGCCGAUCUGGGCAGCCGCGCCCGCGAGCAGCUGCGGCGGGCCGAGCUCGCCAAGCGGACCGAGCCCGCGCGGGUGGAGCGCCAGGAGGAGUGGCAGUCAAAUCUGGACAACUGGAAAUCUUCGCGGCGGAAGCGAGUAGAACAUAUCAUAGAGCGGUGCGUGGAAGUGAGACGGAUGGAGAACGAGCCCAGCCAGCCGCGGGCCAAGUCCAAAACAUUCAACGAAAUGCUGGAAGAACGAGCGGGAAGACGACGGGUGCCCCUCCCGCUGUACGCAGAGGAUGAUGGGCACGAUCUCAGCGACCUCGGCAUCGGCACCUCAAGCACCAAGAGCAGCCUCAGCGAGGACUGCGACACACACAGCUUAGCUAGCGAUGGAAUGGACUUGGACAAGAACCAUUCAGACGUCGACAACUUGUCGAACUGCGAUAACCGCAAGCUGGGCUCCAGCGCUAACGAAUACGACACCUGCACGACCAUGACUAUCAGCUCCCCUGAACCUGAAGAGUAUACUUAUGAAGGAGCUAUCGAGGGUUACAAGUCACGAAUAAUAUCCCAAACCAACAGCACUAUCGUUAAAACUGUCGUUAACAAUUCCAAAGAAAAGUCCCCAGAUAAAAUCAACGGUGACCUAAACAGAAUCAGAACGACAGUCAGCAACAAAAUAGAGGAAAAAGUUUCCUCGUUCCAAAGGGAAAGAGCUGACGAACGAAAUAAUAAUAACCAGAAGAAAGACCUACCUAAGGUAGAUAUACACAAACGAAGAGAACAGUUCGAAAGAGAAAAUUCACAAGAGUCACAAAGCAAACCAAAAUUACCUGAUCUUGCAAAUAAAAAGUCAAUUAAGGAAAGACUUUCCAGUUUAGAGAGAUUCACGGAAGAAACACACAUUCAAAAAUCUACGAGUGACCUGAACAAGUUACCUACAGAAGUGAAACCACUAAAAGAACGGCUUUCCAACCUUGAAAAGGUUAAGUCUGCAUCUACAGAACCUGAUAAGGCUAAAAGACUUUCAAAUGGAGACCUCGGUAAUGCCAAGUCUUUGAAAGAACGGCUCUCAAGUCUCAAAUCACAAACAUCAGAAGAGGAAAAAAUUACCAAAACCGAGGUAAAAGAGGUCUCUAUGAGUCUGAAAGAGCGUCUUUCAUGUUUAGACGCAGCUAAAAACAAGGAAAUACCUAAGAUAUCGAUAGAAGAACAGAUGAUGGUUACAGAAAAACCAGUAGCCAAAGAAGAGGAUUUUAACGAUAAUCUCAUGCAGAACUCAUUAAAGGUCAGUCUGACAGGUAUUGAAAAUCAAAUGCAGAGUUUCUGUCGUUCUCUUGACAGUCUAGACAUUAAUGGUCAAACAUCACCCAGCUCUUUUGAAAGAGUUCAAAGUUUCGAAGACUUUGAUUGCGCUGAUAUGCAAAACAACACUGCCCAGAGUGACAUUGAAACUGAAGAUAGUGGAAUUCAUACCGCAAGAGACUCUGCUCCGGCAGAUGAUAUUGCAGACUUAACACAAGUAGCUUCUCCAAUAGGAGAGCCGAUGGUUGAAAUAUCCGAAUACGAGUCCUCUAAUGAAGAUGGUGCGAUAGCAUUGGAGCCAAUCAAAAUUGAAGAACCUAUGGAAAGAAUGUCUGAACCCAUACAAUCGAUACCAGAAGACAUUGUUAUUGAAGAAAUUUCACAAGAGGAAGCUCAGGAUAUCAGCAAAGCAGAUUCCGAUAGCGCAAGUAACUAUCUUCAAGCGGUAUCACAACCAGAGGAACUUAGCGUUACUGAAGAAGUGACGGAAAUUCAGAUGGAUAAGGAAGAUGAAGAUACGCUUAAGAGUUUGGAUAAUCAGGAUACUAGUGUAAGUUUGAAUGAACCGGUUUCCACGGGCUCAGAGGGCGAUACGGUGGUGUUCGAGGGCAAGAUGACUAUUCACCUCAACUUAAACGAAAUAUGUAACAACAAAAAUACUGGUGCUGGGAACAAUACUAACCUUAAGGAAACUAGCGCUACUAAUGAACCUACUAACCGCAACAGCAUGCCAAUGGUAAUCGAUGCAUUGGAACUGGCCUUCCAAGAGCUGGACUCUGAAGACAGUUGCGUCAACAACAGCACCAUGGACGACAAAGUAAAAGAACCAAAACUUACAGAAGCUAAGACAGAUGACGUUCUUGAUUUUACGGAGAAGUCAGUUACGCCUCUGUAUGAGAACAUGGACAUGUUCUUCCAAAACUCGGUAGAUGACGGAGCAGCUUUCCCACUAGAUUUGCCUACCAAUGUUAUGGAACCUCCUAAAGAGAAGCCACCUCCACCGCCUACAGAAGAUGACGAACUUCUUGGCAAUGGUAACUUCAAGCACACAAGCUCUGCGCGUAGAAUAAAGAAAGAAAUCCGCAACAAACGCACCAGCUUCCUCGGCAUCGAAGGCCAAGUAGACGACUACCUCGACGCUGACCUCUCCGCGCCUCGGCCCGACAUCACCUCUUUCCUUCAGGAGGAAACGAAGAUCGAGAAACUUCUCUAUAAGAGAACACUGUCCCAUGACAAUGCCAAGUUGAGAGACAGCAGAGAUUCCGGUGUGGAUGUGGAUCGAGGACCGUCGGCGGAAGCGUGGUACAAGCAGUCAUCGCCAGAGACAUCGAAUCCUCAUAGCAGACAGAACAGUGAGCCAUACACUCACGUAACGGUAACAUCAGACGAAGAGGAAACCUCAAAGAAAUCUGACAAUUUCGCUUCAAAUUUGACCUCCAAACUGACGGAUCUGGCGCAGCCUGACAUCGACAGUCUCGACAAGAAGCUACAGGAACAACAGGGACGCACUAACGAGGAUUGGCCUGACGGGCACGACGAUGCUCACACAAAGGAGGUUCUGCGUUUUGAACGAGAACUUUUGCAAUUGGAACAAGAAGAGUUAAGAAGACAGCGGGAUAAUUUAAUGAGGGAUCAGACAAGGAUCAUCCAGAAGUCGGUGCAGGAUGUAUCGGAGAAACCACCCCUAAGGAAGGCUGCUAGUGAAAAUCAUCGACACUCAAUGCCCAAUUUACUAGUAAAUGAGCCCUAUACUCCUGUGGAGCCUCAGCCAGAAGUCAAAUACGAUGAGAGUAUAAAACGGAAGCCAUUUGUGUCCGAAGAGCAUAUCCAGAGGCAUUUUGGUGUGGAAGAGAGUCGGAAGGUGUUGUAUGAAGACAGCAGGGAAGAUGUAAGGAGAAGGCCGCCGCAGCCUGUUCUGCCACCGAAGCCACGGAGUCGAGAGUCCAUUGAAAGAGAGAUUACUAUGAGGAGUAGCAGAGUGCCUUCAGCGGUGGAAUAUGCGAACGUAGAGCGCACGGCGCAUGUGCAGCUGCGAUCCAAGCCUGCGCCGGCGCCAGCUCCGGUAAUGCCUAAUGGCAACUACCAUCCUAUGACUCGACAUACCUUACAGGCACUAAGCGCAGCUCCAACGCCGAAGCUGAUCUCAGGAAAUGAAUGGCUAGCGCAGCGUGCGCGCAAACCUGCGGGGUACAACUACAACCAGCAUUGGCUCAUACAGGAGGCAGAACAGAGGCGUAUCGACGAGCAGCGAAGCAAGCUGCGAGCCGCGCAGAGGCACUCCUACCACCAGGACAUGCCAGCCUCAGCGCUGCUCAACAUGCAUCACAUUAGCACAAGCCAACAACAUUUGCCACAAGAAUACAAACGUUUAAUACGCGCGGAUACGGACCGUCCGACCGUGCCGCCCCCCAUCCGGCCCGAGCCUCCGCUCAGAACCUCCUCCUCCCCGAGGGAACUGCGGGAACUCAGGCCAGAUAUCAGAGAACAAUCCCGAACGCAGACCUCGCCUAACGCCAAGAUUUCGCCUAGGAUAGAACACUUAGAGAAGAGAGAAGCCAAGGGUGAGACGAGAGAAGAUAAGCUGCUAAGCGUGAGCGGGAGAAGAAAGUGCUCGCAUUGUGGAGAGGAAUUAGGUCGCGGCGCCGCCAUGAUAAUCGAGUCGCUGUCGCUGUGCUACCACGUGUGGUGCUUCACGUGCGCGGUGUGCGGCGCGGCGCUGGGCGACGGCCGCGCCGGCGCCGACGUGCGCGUGCGCGCGCGCCGCCUGCACUGCCACCACUGCUACAGCGGCGACGACGGCCGCAAGUACAGCGCCGUCUAGUGCGUGCCGCUGCCGCUGCACUGGCUUACCGUGUACGUGAUCGUCGAUGACUGCAGGUGCAGAGGACUAUAUUCCUUCUACAAAUUCGUUGUUUGAAUUUUGACUUUCUCAAUUUAUUGAUCCAUCUUCUACAGGCUGCUCUUUGGAGUACUUUAAAGUAUAAAUAGACAAAUCUACGUUACUCGAUCAUUCGGCUAACGAUCUCAUAGAUAUUUAUUGGUGGUAUGAUCGAGCCACAAGGUUUUUUUUUAUUCUUUAAGUACCAAAACGAACAGUCGAUAUACAAAUAUGUAAAUUAACGUUCGCCUUCAAAAUAAAAAUGUACCUGAGUUUAUUGUAGUCAUAUUAAAAUCUUCGGUGUUCUUCCCUUCAACUUGCAGUUUUCGUAAGAGCUGUAGUAACUAAGGCUGAAAGAAACAGUCGAAGAUUAUGACUAUUUAGGUACGAUUUAAGUUCCAAGGGUUUGAAAUAAUGUAGCCAUAUAUAAAAAGCUCAUUGUAAAGCAGCACCAUUCAAGUUUCCAACUGUACUGUAUGGAAAUAUACGUAUAAUGUACCGUCCACACGUCGUAACUGACCAUUGGUGACCAUUCACCAAUGGUUAGUUAAUAAAAACGUUACCGUUAUAGUAUUCGCAAACCCAACUGACCACCGGGGUCGUAACAUUCACACUUGCCUGAUCGCGGCAAGCGUGAGAGAGAUAUUAUGUCCCGGUCCUCAGUUUGGUUUGGGGCUACUAUAGUAGAGUGGCAAACUUGAAUUGGAUAACCUAUUUCCAUAUGGAUAGCAGGAAUAUAUGACACAGCGACAACGGCUUCAGCAGGCUGUCUCUGUUUGUCAGUUUUUCUGUUCGUUGUCAUCUCCAAAACGUCUCGGCGACUCAGCUAGCUUCUGAGUCCGCUAUGCACGCUUUCAUAUUUUUAUCCGUAUUUUAGUACACAAUGCACUUAGGUUUGGUUUGUUAUGAUCUUGUAAUAAAUCUUAAUGCAAAUAUGAUUUCGAGAAAUGUAUUUUGUGAUUGUUGAAUUCAUGAGUUUUAAUCUUCAUAUAUGAUGCCAAUAUCACUACAUCAUUGUUAUCUGCAAAGUAUUGUAUGAUUAUAAUUUUAAAUAUCAAAGGUGUGGUCAUGUCAUUUUAGACAGUAGGUACGCUGCGAGCAAACACCAGAGGCAUACCAAAAGGUAAUUGCCGUUAUUGCAAAAAUAAAACACUCGUUACCCUCUUCAGAAAGAGGCAAAUAGCAUACCCACAAUAAGCGAUCAUCUUGGCAGCUUUGUAAUUUCGCACUUUUUCGUUUCUGUCUUUUUGUGCCAUGUCAAGUUUUUUUUUAAUAUAUUUCUUUUGAUUAUAUCAUGAAUAUAACACGUUUACGUUAUUAAUAAACACUGAUCGCGAGUAGGUUUGCACAUAAUAUAUCGAGUUAUUUCAUUUUAAAUGGCACUUUUGUCCUGUGAAAGAGGCCUGAAUGUAGAUAUGCCUUUUUACACAAUGCAUUAUUGUUAAAAAGGACAACAAAGUAAAUUGUAAUAUUUUGUAAAUAGAUUUAAUUUAUGUCGUAGAAUAUGUUACAGGUUAGCUUUAAUAGGUAGUAUUUUAGUGUAAAAGAGACAUUUAAUCCAAAUAUGUGUAUGUUUUAAUAUUUUGUAUAGAAGAUGAUCUAUAAUGAUUAUUUUGUACUUCUCCACGUCUUAACAUCUAAUUGUGAUUUCGUUUUGAACUCUAUCUACCUACUCUUCGAAUAUUUUUCAGGUUAUUAGACUUUUCUACUCUAAUGCGUAUAUUUUGAAUAAGUACAUGAUGGUGAGAAGCUCCAAACUAUGUAACAAUAAAUAUUUCUGGUUUAA